GAAGUGAAAGUAAUGCGAUUGGUUCGGCUGUUUCCUAAACACGGAAAACAUCUACAGCCAGUUUCUGUCAACCAGCUGCUCGCUACAGACGCACAGGCAAAAUAAAACCGUGUUUUGAGAAUAUAGCGCACCUGCAAAUAAUGGGAAGGAGUGGUGUGCACUCUUAUACCGCUGUCAGCUGUGUGUUUGUCGCUCAGGCCCGUUAGGCUCGAGUCUGUUAGCGUUAGCCGCCUGGAGCUGUCGUUCACACUCGCGGGGGCAAGAUGGUGAUGUUGUUGAAUCCACUGGAGAAUCUAAAGACCUACAUAAGUAGCCGUCCACCGCUGGUCAUUUUUAUGGUCAGCGUCAGUGCUGUGGCUAUCGCUUUCCUCACUAUAGGAUACUUCUUUAAGAUCAAGGAGAUUAAAUCACCUGAAAUGACUGAGGAUUGGAACACUUUCCUACUCCGGUUCAAUGAGAUUGACUUUUGCAUCUCAGAAAACGAGACCCUCAAGCACAACUUGAAUGAGUCCAUCUCUCCAGAGAGCACAGUGACCAGCAGUCAAACCCGAUCCAGCACCCAGUCACCACCCCUGCUGGAGGACCCGGGUCAGAUCAACAUCUCUGUGCCCAUCACAUUGACACUGGAUCCGCUGAGGCCAUUUGGGGGCUACUCGCGCAAUAUUACCCACCUUUAUGCUAGUGUGCUUGGGCACCAAGUUGGCCUUGCUGGCAGAGAGGCCCAUGAAGAGAUGAACAUCACUUUCACUCUGCCAGUAGCCUGGAGCUCCGAUGACUGCGUUCUGCAUGGUCGUUGUGAGCAGAUGGUCUUCAGCACCUGUCUGACCAUCACAGCAGCAAGUAAUGUCUUCCCAGUCACAGUGCAGCCUCCUCACUGUGUCCCAGAGACCUACAGCAAUGCCACAUCCUGGUACAAGAUUUUCACCACAGCACGAGAUUCAGACACGAAGUACACACAGGAGUACAACCCGUUCUGGUGUUACAAAGGUGCCAUUGGGAAAGUGUAUCACACACUGAAUCCCAAGCUCACUGUCAUCGUUCCAGAUGACGAUCGCUCUCUCAUUAACCUACACCUCAUGCACACCAGCUACUUCCUGUUUGUGAUGGUCAUCACAAUGUUCUGCUAUGCAGUCAUCAAGGGCAGGCCAGGCAAAGUUCGGCAGAACAACCCAGAUUUCUGCUCAGAAAAGCUUACAACAAACAAGUGCACUGUUCUUCAAACAGGUGGCCUUGUCUGCGGGAUAAACGGGCUUGAAGGUGGACAUCUGAACCGAAGCAUAUCGGAAAGGGAAGUGAGAAAACUACAUGUUGCCUACUGAACCCAGGAGAAGGGUGCAAAAAAAAAAAAAGCUCUGUGAAUGCAUUACUCUGCAAUGUUGGGUCACUCCAACCAAAGAUUUUUAAGUGCCUGUAUCUACUGUGUAAAUAACUAUAGGACUCUUAAAUUCAGUACAGAAGCAGUCUGCCUGAGCUUCCCCCUGCACCCUGUACCAUCCUGUAUAUGUUCAGUAUACCCAGUAUCAACAGAGGACAGUGCUUGACUAGAGAUGUUCAGAUGGGCAAGAUCACCUCCACUUAAUCCGAUCCCUUUUCACGCUUGCUCUCUGUGUUCUUGAUCAAAACCCUUCCCGUUUGAUUUCUCUGGAAGUGACCUUUGCCUUGUCAUUCCUCUCCUGUCUUUGUCUUAGCCAACUCUUUCAUAUGUGUCCAGUGCAGAUUCUGCAGUGGCAUCCUUUGAUUCCUCUUUGAGGACAGGAAGAUGGGUGGAUCUCUGCCAUGUACCGUGAUCAACCUGCUUGUCAUGAUCUUCAGACGAGUUCUUCUAGAGAUAACCGCAGGCUUCUGUAUGACACGCUGCUUUUAUCAUCGGAACCCAUGGUGGUUUUAUUGUGAACAUGUCUGAAUGAGAUUCCGAGUGGAUGUUGAUGCAGCGCUCGAUUUAAAUUCCUCUUAAAGGCAAAUAAAAACAUAAAACAUCUUACUCUGAAUGUCACCAUGUUAGUGAGUUGAGAUGAGAUGCCUGCUCUUGGGUCGAUGGAUUUGUUUGUUGAAAUCUGAAUUAACACAAUGAUUAAUGGCUUUGGCUUCAUGUUUCUGAACACUUCAAAUGAAUGUAUUUGUCAAAUCAGCAAAUUAUCGGUCUCUUGUAUGCUUAACAUUGUAGUAAAAAAAAAAAAAAUGUAAAUCAUUACUGUAGAUAUUUUUUGUAAUCACAUUACCUGUCUUUGUUUUCCAAUUUUGUCCAUUUCUCUACCAUCCAUUGUGUUGCCUUUUUAGUGUUUCGUUUCAUGCCUCAUUUGAUACGCAAGAUUAUUAUUAUUAUUUUUUUUUUUAUCUGACCUGUCUUUUUGCCUUCAUUUCCACCCAAUGAAAUGCAUAUCAUGCAUCAUAUCGCAUGAGACAUAUUACGAGAGAGCACUUUACUCCUCCAUUCUGUCUAGUUCAAGCUCCUAUUUGGUUUUGCAUUGCAUCUUUGUCCUCUCCAUCUACGAAGUUUCACUGCUCUUUAUCAACAAACAGUUUUUAAAUCAUGACUUGCUUAAUUACAGCCCUCUUUAAGUUGCAUCAGUCACAGUUCAUCAGCACUCCCCUUCUUUUGCCCUGUGUUAAAGCCCAUAAUAAACAAGUUUCAAACCACUAAUGUGCCUUUGCACUGUCACCCAUGUUCACCUUACUGUCUUUUAUAUUUAAAACCAGUUUCCUCCUCCUGUUCAACCUACUGUAUUAAUUUUGAAUUGAAAUAAAAACCUUACAUACACCCCCCAUACCCAUUUCAUUUCCAGUUCCGAGUCAAAACUUCAGUAUUGGUUGCGAAAGAGUGGGAUUCACUUGUGCAUUUUCUGUUGAUGUAUUUGAGGGAACAUGCCAAAUCCAUCCUACAAUAACUUUUUUGAUAGAUUAAAAAAAAGAAAAAGAAAAGCUAAGUGAUUACAUGCUUUGAAACCUCUUGGAAUAGCAAUAUCUAACUGAUGCGUAUGGACUUUUUUUUUUAAAUUCAUGUUUAGUUUCUUUUUGGAAUCGUGAGAGCAGUUCAAACCAUUCUGAUGGAGCCUUUCUGAUUGUGUGAGCGUUCUGCUUCAUAACUAAGCAUAAUUUCUGUGAUCAUUAAAGUUGGCCUUUCAGUGCUGCUGGAGGACAAUGGAAAAUGACAACGAAUUCCACGGAUGCUGCCUGAUGCUCAGAUCAUAUUGAUCUUCCUCCUCGUCCUUCCUUUGGGCUUGCAGCAUUUGAGUGAAGUGUGUUUGUAAGUGGUAGAAGGUCCUUUCCUUGUCUGAACUUGCAGUGCACACUCUCGCCGGUUCCCUCGUGUUGGCGAGAGGCGUCACGAGCCCUUCGACUCCCCAUGAUGCAUGAUUGUAAAUGUUCUACCUGCUGACCUGUUUGUAUGAGGACAAUCCCUCUGUUUUUGUUCUGUUUGUAGGAUAUUGUAGGCACAUGCUUUGCUGAAUAAAAUCUGAGAUAAUACUGA